AUGACCGGUUCUUCUCACAUCGAGAACUAUGACCAGUCCACAUACUGGACUUCUCCAGCCCGGAACUUCCGGUCCUCUGCCCGCCUUCAUCUCCAGCACCUCCUAUAUCAAAACACCCUGGGCUAUCUCCUAGAGCCCGCUGUCGAGAAGGCCGUAACCGCCGCUCGACAGCCUCUCAAAAUCGCCGACCUCGCCUGUGGCAAUGGGAUCUGGCUGAUUGAUUUGCACGCCCAAUUGGCGAAGAACAACAUCACCGCUCAAUUGGAUGGCUUUGACAUCAAUCCCGUCAACUUCCCGGCUGCUGCAUACCUGCCCGCCUCCAUCUCGCUGCAGCAGCUUGACGUUCUCGCCAAGCCCCUUCCCGAAAACCUCCUGGGUGCCUACGAUGUAGUGCACAUCCGCGCUUUUGCCAGCAUCGUGCCAGACUCCAACCUCACCCCCAUUCUCUCAGUGGCCUCGUCCCUUUUGAAGCCCGGUGGCUACCUGCAGUGGGAAGAAAACCGCGGUGAUCUCUUUCUCGUCGAGGCUCCAGCCCCGGAAAUUUCCACUGCGGCCUGCGACCGCGUCGUCCAGGUGCUCAAGGGCGGGCUUCAAGCGAAGGGCAUCAGCAAUGCCUGGAUUGAUGAGCUUGAUACCCACCUGGCGCAGUUUGGGCUCCAGGAUACGCGCCUUCUUGCUCAUGAUAAGCGCAAGCAGGACUACAAGGGCUGGACUGAGGACUACCUCAUGGUGUGGGAGGAAGUGACUGCCUUGUUCCCGCCCAAUGCAGAGGCCCCCAAGGCGCCUCUGUCCCGCGAAGCCUGGAUUGCGAUGUUUGCCGCUGCAGUCAAGGAAACGGAAGAGGGUGUUAUCAUACAUCAGAAGCGGAUUUUGACAGCUGUGGGGAAGAAGCCACUUGCAUGA